CAUACUCGCACAGCUUUGCUUUGAGUUGAGACCCCGCCGGAACUCAAGGGCUCAAGCGCGUAUCUUCAAUGCCUGGCCAGCUAAAUGCAAAGGUCAUCAGACCAUACAUCACAGCAAUGACAGAUUGAGUCUGUAUUUUGGAGCGGAGCUUCGGCUCGCUGUUCGGCUCGUCGCUUAGGCGCAGCACAAGCCCGGUCCGCUGGGCAGUUGACAUGAAUAUAGAAGACGCUGGCGGUAGCUUGCGUGGCUCAGCAAUUGUCUGCUCGAUACAGCGUAGAGAACUUGGCGCUGCGGCGAUAAUGGCGGACAACACCCAGCCUAAGACGCAGACGGCAGCUGCAGCAGCGGCGGCAGAGCAGCAGCCGCAGUCUGGUGUCUUGGGCCCUGACGCCGUUUCCGCAACGCCGACGGAGGUGUUGGCGGCCGCGGCUUCAGCAAUCGCCACAGACGACGCGACCGGGUGGGCUCCCGCAACCUCCCACUCCGGCAUGGACGUGGCCAUUCUCGCCAGCCCCACGCUCAACGCACCCUCGCUCGAGCCCUCGGGCCCGUACGCCAGGUACAGCGCCUCCGGCCGCACGCCCCACUCGCGCCCCAGCCGAGUGACGUUGUCGCUGGUGGCCCCAGGCGCGGACCGCUACGACGUCCUCGCGGCAGAGGCGGCCUGCGUGUACGCGGUGCGCAUGCGGCGGCUGAGGGGCCGCGCACCAGCUACAGCCGUCCGCCACAGCGCGCUGACGGCACCCGGCGCCGUGCCACCCGGCGCAGCCGGCGCCAAUGCAGGUCCAGGCGCAGACGCAGGCAUAAGCGGUCGCAGUGCCAGCGGCGCGGCGUCUGGCUCCUCCACGAUAGGAGCGGCAUGGGGGCGAGGUGCGGAGCAUGCUGCGGUGCCGACCAGUGCGGCUGGGCCUGCGAGCAGCUGCUAUGGCGGCACCAGCUCAGGACCUUUUCCGGAGCUGGAGAUUUCGCCGCGAAGCGACCCGGCACCGGCGCUGUCAGGGGCACAGCUGGCGGCCCUGUCCUCGCUCUUCCAGCCGCACAGCUGCGCAGCGCGCGGUGGCGUCACAGGUGGAAAUGACAACGGCAAUGUCAGAGGCGGGGAUGGGUCGAGCCGUGGGCCGGGUCUGGCGCCUGGUCAUGGUGGGCGGCGGGCUUCACAGGUGGCGACCUCCUCCGGCGCAAUGCCCACGCUGCCGGAGGGUGUGGAGGUAGGGACCAUGCGGCCCCAAGCUCUGGGUCUGCAAGGAGAGGCGGCGGAGGGCGAGGAAGACGAGCAUUGUCAGGCCGCCCACCUCCAGGGGCAGCGCCAGCACGCGGCUGCCAGCGCGGCGCCCGCGCCCCAGGUGCUGCUGCCGGCGCAAAUGGCAGAGGGCGGCGGCGCCUCCUCCUUCGCCACCUCGUUGGCUGUGAUCGCCGUCGACAGUUGCACCCGCGGCUUCGGGCCGCCCAGCGACGGCGAUGCCUUGGCCGCUGGGCCCGGUUCCGCUGCGCUGUCGGACACCUUUUCCGCCUACGCUGCUGGACUCAGCGAGGCGCUGUCGCUGCUCCCGGGGCCCAACAGCGGCGGCAGGGAUGCGGCCGGCCGCGGCAGCCGGCGGCGCCGCAGCAUGUGGGUCCAGCGCCGCAGCACCGGCAGCUGCAGUGGCAGCGGCACCGCCGCCUCGUCACUGCAGGGCCUGCACGAGUUCUCCGGAGAGGUGGAGGGGCCUUCAGGACACUUGCAGGCAGCUGCAGCCGCCGCCGGCGCAAGCAGCUACAGCCACAGCAGCAGCGCGCGGCGAAGCGCGGCGGGCAUACUGCACAGCGUCGUAGCUCCCGGCCUGCCAGGCAGGCCGGCUCUCAAGCGCUCUUCCAUGCCGAGUGCCUCGGCGCUGGCACUAGCAGCCACUCUGGGUAGGGCGCUCAAGGAGGAGGCUGACGGCGACAGCACCGGCGACCGGCGCAGCAGCACCGGCGACGGUGUAGUCGGGUUCAGCCGCAUGGUGCGGCAGGACAGCCCGGUGACGCCGCGCGCGAUCCAGGCGCGCGGAUUCCAAGCGUGUGAGGUCGUGAGCGCGGCAGCGGCCGCCACGGCGGGUGCGAUGGGUGCGGUUGCGGCUGCGGGGGGCGCUACAGCAGGCGUGCCAGGCGCCGGCGCGGCGGCGGCGCAUUGCCGGGUGCAGCAGCUCCUGAGACCAGCCGCCGGUUCCGCGGAGGGCACGUCUGGCCACUCGCUCUCGCUGUCAGCCAUCGCGCCAGGCCCUGGCGGCGAUCGGCGGUCAUUUGACAGCGCGACCGGGUCGGUCGUGACCGCGGCAGGCAUGUGCCUCAGGCCAAGCCUCGACGCCGGGCCUGCACAGCGUGAUGACGGCGCCGCUGUUGAAGCCGCUAUAGCAGCGGGGGCUGGCACUGCCGCUGCUAUUCCUGCUGCUGAUGAGGUGGCGGACACGAACAGCUACGACAGUUACGACACAGAAGAGGACGAUACGGAGCCGGGUGGGGCGGUGGGUAAGGGCGGCGCCUCAGGGGCUGACGCCGCAGGGAGCCAGGGUUUCACCAAAAGCGCAGCAGGCGGAAUCGCCGGGCCCAAGGACGCGGCGGCCGGCGGCCGUGGAGCAGCAGCAGCUGCUGCGAGCCACGCUGCUACUGCUGCUGUGGACCGCUACGGGUCGCUUCUGGUGGGCAGUGCGGGGUGGCGCUACACGGAGAUGCACGACGUGCACGACACACUGCUGAUGUCCCGCCUGACGUCCAACUCACGCUGGCGCGGCCCCCAGGCCCUGGGCUCGGUCGCAUCCGGCCACAACGCCAACCGCUCCGAGGGCGGCGCCGAGGUGCACAGCACACGCGGCGGCAGCAACUCCAAGUGGCUCUCGCCCGCGGGCCCCUCGGCGCCACUGGGCGCGGCCCUGGGUCAGCCGCACCACUCCUACCAACAGGUCAACCACACGUCGCGACAGCGCCGGCCGGCGGCGAUGGUCGACUCACACGCCAGCCACGAGGUUGACCUGGGCUUGGUGGAUCUGGCGCCGCUGAGCUCGGCGCAACACUCGCCUGGUCUCUCGCCCAACCCCAGCAUCACCAGUUACCGGCUGCACCAGCUGCUGCAGCCCGGCGUGGAGAUGUCGCCAACGGGCACCGCCCCCACCUCCGCCAACACCGACGCCAUCAUUGCUCUGGCGACGGGGCCCGGAGGCGGCGACGCCGCCGCGCCCGCCGGCCCCGCGGACGCUGCCGCCGAGGCGUGGGCGGCCUGGUACCGUGCCGUGCCCAGCACCCGGCACACCACCAGCACCCAGCACUACAUACUGGAGCCGCCGCACACGCUAAGCCCGCGGACAUCACUGGGCUCUGGCGGGAUGGCGCCGUCGCCGGCCGCCACUGCCGCCCUCCCCACCAACACCGUACCCGGCGCAGGCAGCGGCGCCCGCCCAAACUCCGACGCCGGCGGCACCUCCCCCGCUCCCCCCGCCUCGGGCAUCGUCGUACCCGCCGCCAGCCGGCCCGCUGCGAACCAGGGCCGCGCUUCACUCGACUCCCGUCUUGCAACGCCUGGCCAUUCCCAUUACCGCACGGCAGCUGGGGCCGGAGGCCCCACCGGAUUCUCUUUCGGGGCCUGGUCGCAGGCACGGCCGCCGCCGCACCACCCGCGCCCGACCACGGGCACCUGGCUGGGUGGCGGCCACGUCGCCGGCAGCAACACUUGGCGCCCGCCCGCGGCCGGCGGCGGAAUGGUGGCGGCGGCGGCGGCCGGCGGCCGGCCCGGUAGCGGCAACCGGUCGCGGAUGGCAGCGAGCACGCUGGGUCCCGGCCAGGCACCAGCCGCCGUGUCGGUGCCUCAGCAGCCGCACCAGCGGCAGCACGACCACACACACGGCUACCCGCCACCGCACCCGCUCCACCCGGACCCGCAGGGCCAGCAGGGCCAGCACCAGCUGCCCACAAGCGCGUCCGCCCUGAACUCUGCCCAUGGCGGCGGCAGGGCCAUGGCCUUGGUCAGCCCCGUCCGCGGGGCCCCUGGCUUCCGUGUCUCCCGCACCUCCAUGGCCAGCCCUACAGCAGCCAGGAUGUCGGCUGGCGGUUCCAACCACGGCCAUGAUUACCGCCCUUUGGGUGGGGAGGCGCCGUCGGGUGGCGUCACUGGCGACAGCGAUGUCAACCUCUUGAUGACCACAGGGGAGUUCAUGGCUGGGGUGGCGGUCUCGGCAGAGCAAGAGCACCCCCAGCUAGACGAACAGCAGCAGCCGGCGCUGCAGCAGGCUAUGGGGUGGGCGGCGACGCUCGAAGUCCUGCGCGAGCAGGUGACCUGCCCCAGCCCGCCCGUGCCGUCGCCGCGUGUGAGUGUUGCGGGCCGCAGUAGCAGGAUGCUGUCGGCAGGCUUCAAGCUGCUCGCGGGCGGCCGCAGCCAGCGCUCGUUCAAAGGGAUGCACGGUGCAGGGGACGUGGGAGACGGUGUCACCGGCUAUGCCCCUGGCUCAGAGCGCACCACGCCCGUACCCUCACCACUGGUGCAUGCGGCCGCGCGGGGCCAGCACCGCAGCAGCGCCGGCGGCGGAGGGCCGGCGGGCGCUUCGCGCGUGCUGGCAGUGGUGACAGGCGCGCCGCCGGGCAGCCGUAGCCGGGCCGUGUCUGCAGCAGGAGCGAUGCCGCUGGCGGCUUCCAGCCCGGUCAUCAGCAGCGGCAGCGAAGCCGCGGCUGGUACUGCUCCUGCGGCGGCGCCGUCGCCGCGGGCGCAGCCGGCGGCGGAGCGGCCGUCCCGUAUGAGGACCAGCACCCAUGGGGCCGGCGCGGCACCCGCCAGUCCGCUCCCGGCGGCCAGCAGCAGCGCUGAGCCCUCCAGGACCAGCCUGCCAGCCGGCGUCGCCGCAGGCGGAGGCGGAGGCGCAGGCGCAGGCAGCCCUCGGCCCAGCCUGUUCACGCGCACCCUCAAGGCGCUGCUGCCGGGGCCGCGCUCCGUGCCGCAAUCGCCGCGGGCACAGUCACUGCCUUCCGAUGAAGUCGGGCACGCCGAGGACGCCGAGCCGGGUUCUGACGCCGCAGUGGAUGCGGACCCGGGAAUGGGUCGCCCGUUCACACUGUUCCAGGCGCCCCCACUACAUGCGGGUGCGACUCCAGCUGUGGCUGCAGCACCGCAUGCGCCAUCACUGCCGCACAGACCGGCGUCGCGCACUCUCAGUCGCCUGGCCCUGGGCCGCGCAUGCUCGGGCGCUGGUGACCCGAACAGCACCGCAGAGCCGCCUGCGCGCCCGCUACAUGACAGCGACACAGGAGGCCGCGACUGGACCCCUGGCCCAGCCGGGCAGUCCGUGCCUCCUUCCGCUGCGCACGCAGGCCCCGCAGCCACGCACGGCGGCAGCAUUGGGGGCCGUAGUCGUGGUGCCGACAGCUUUACGUUUGGGGUGCCGCGGCCGCCGCCGCCGCCCAUGGGGCGCUGGUCGAUGGAUGACGGCUGGCAGCGGGUCCGCUCACCGGACGCGGUGAUGGCGGUUGGGGACGCCGCUGCCACGGCGCCGCCGCUGGCGCACCGCCGGCUCCAGAGGCCUUACCAUUUCUACAGUGACGGCCACGUCAACCUGCUGUCCGCACAUGACGCUUCCGUUCCUCGCGGGGCGGUGGCGGUGGCACCCGUUGACCAGCCGACAGCGGUCAUGCCGGCCCCGACGGCGGCGCUGGCCAUGGCGGCUGGUCGAGCGGUGCGGCUGCUGCCGACGCUGCUUUGCGAGGUGCGCGAAGAGGACAGCGAGUCAGCUGGGGACCCGGCAUCCAGCAGGCGCGGCACGGAUGUGGGGCUGCUAGGCGAUGCGGUCGGGUCCAGCAGCGGUGCCGCUGGGCUCGCUGCCGCCGGCUCGGCGCGGGCACUCGGAGCAGCAGGGUGCAGUGCAGACGGCGGCGGCGGCGGGAACGGCGACAGCGCCGCCGGCGACAGCGGGGAUGGCAGCGCGCAGCACCCGCAACAGCCGGCGCGAUCGCGUCUGGCCAAGCUGUUUGGGCUCAAGCGAAGUGCCUCGGGCGGCGGCGCCGGCAGUACUGGCGUCGUCAGCACCGGGAGUUGGACUGGCUUGUCCGGGGUGGGCUCGGUGGACGAGGGCCUAGCCAGCGCCCCUGCCAGUCCUUCGGGCGGCGGCCGCGGCGGCUUGGUGCGAGCACUGACACGCAGCCGCCUUGCCUCUCUGGCGGCGGGCGGUGGCCCGGGUCAGCAGGGUCGCCCCGAUAGCCAGCCCUCUAGUGCGGGAGACUCCGCUGCUGCGGCUCUGGCGGCAGACAGCUCUGCCGCUGCACCGGCGGGGGCAUCGUUGGGCGCAGGCCAGCGCUCUGCCAGCGGUCUGAAGACCUUCAUGCAUUCUUUGUGGAGCAGCAAGGCCGCCACGCAGCGCAAGAGCAGCAAGCGCGCAGCCGCGGGGGCUGCAGCGGGACUGGAUGUGGCUCUGGGCGCAGGGCCCAGCGCCACUCACGCACCUGGCGUUGGCGGCGGCGCCGCCGUCCCCGGUGACACGACAGACCGCAGCUGCCACAGCGCGUCAUCCGCGCACUCGCCACUCAGUGCGCUCAGCGAGGGGAAGCACAGCCAGGGGCAUGCGGCCCUGGCCGCCACUUCACGGCUGCGGGAGGCAGCUUGGGCGGAUCUGGAGCCGCAGGCCCUCGCACCGAGCCUGCGCAGCCUGCCGGUUGCCACGUCAGCUGCGUCGGCAUCUGUGCCGGGGUCGCCACUGGGCAGUGGCGCCAAUCAGGGCAGCAGCCGCCGCAGGAAGCUGCACAAGAAGCUGCUGAGGCUCGGCCAGAGGCUGACGGGAGGCGGCGGCGGCAGCAGCAGCAGCGGUGGGGACGGCGGCAGUGGUCAGGGCACUGGGCCCGAGGGGAGCCCCCGCGGCGGCGGCAGGGGCGCCGCAACCGGCACAGCCGCCACUCCGAUGGCUCGCCGGGUGAAGUCGUUGUUUAUGCCACCGUCGCACUCGCACUUCGCCGCACCCGACGCCGCACCCGACGCCGCAUCCAACACCACGCCGAGCGGGUACGCCGCACCCGCACCCGCACCUGCGUCAGGGUACCCACACGGCAGCGGCAUGCAAGUAGCCACGGCCUCGGCCAACGCGGCGGCCGCCCACUCAACUUCGCACUCUCGCGUGCGCGCGCAGGCGCUGGCGCACGCACAUGCGCAGGCGCAGGCAGAGGCGCAGGCACGGAUGAACCAGCUAGCCCCGCUCGCGGCCGCCCUGUUCACGCCUGGCAAAUGAAAAGCCGUGCGCGCGACGGCGGCGGCAGUCGAUUGCGUGUGGGCCGUUGGGCGCGGAGCUCUGCCUUGACUGAGCAGGACUAGCGUAACCCGUGCGAACUCUGGUGUUUGAGCCUAUGCAUGUCGGUUCGCGUGUAUAGCUUAAGAUUUUGCCGAAUAAUCACGGCGUCGCACCUGAGGCGCUGUGCUCAUGACAGCCAAUUGUCCAUGGACUCGCGAAGUCGCUUCCCGCUUCGGCUAAUGUUGACCCGCCGCUUAUGUGCAAUCAAUAGGCCAUACCAAAUACUAAUGUGUACCCUUCUCGGUUUGCGCCAGUAUUGAGUUUGGUAGGCACGCACGGACAGGCUGAAUCGCCGAACAGGCCGAACAGGCUGAAUUGCUGCGCUCGUGGGGCUCACUUAAGCAUCGGGGGAGGCGUGCGGGAUGUGGGAGCAGUCCAACGAGCACCCUGGAAAUUUGCAGAGUUCUGAUCACUUUGUCUCAAGCGCAGAAAGCGGUAUACCACGAACGACACUACAAGGGAUGGGCGCUACCUGUUCUCAAGCAAGGUCUGGGAUUUGUGGAGGCUGUCUAGAGCGAGGUCA